AUGGCCGCCCAGGGUGCCCUUCGCCAAACAGCCGGCAGCGUUUCCAUCAAUACAACAUGGCCAAAAAACGCUUCCUAUAUCGGCCCCCGUAAAUUGCCAAACAAUUUCAACACCUAUAAGCCCGCAUUAAGCCUUGGCCGUUGCAAAGAGGUCAUCCCGAACCCCGGCGGUAAGAUGAACGGCCUUGAGAUCUCACCGUUCAUUCGCUCAUUACCGAAAGUCGAGCUGCAUGUCCACAUUGAAGGAACGCUGACGCCGGCACUGCGCUGGAAACUCGCCAAGCGGAACAACGUCCCGCUCAAGUACGCGACCUUUGAGGAACUUCUUGACUCGUACAAGGUCACAUACAACCACCGGAAAGAAGUCAACGGGGACGAUGGACGCCCUACCUUUCUGGAGGCUUACUUCGCUGGCUGCCAGGUCUUGUGCACCGAACACGACUUCUAUGAGCUUGGCAUGGCAUAUCUGGAGCGAUGUAAGGAGAUGAACGUGCGGUAUACAGAGCCCUUCUUCGACACGCAAGCCCACACCGAGCGCGGUAUCCCGGCAGAAGUCGUCCUGGACGGCUAUUUACGGGCUCAGCAGGAGGGCGCCAAACAGUUCAACGUGCAAAGCAAUUGGAUCUUCUGCUUCCUGCGAGACCGACCAUUUGAGGAGGGCAUGGACGCCUACGAGGCUGCCCGGCCCUGGGCCAGGGUGCCAGGCGGCAAGGGUCUCUUUCAUGCCGUCGGCCUUGCAUCGAAUGAAUUCGACAAACCACCCCUGCUCUUCGAGACGGCCUUCCUCAAAGCCAAACAGGACGGCCUCUACGUCACGAUGCACUGCGACGUCGACCAGAAGGAUGCGGCCGAUCACGUCCACGAGGCCAUAUUCGACGUCUGUGCCGGGCAGGGCGCGGACAGGAUCGACCACGGCCUCAACGCCAUCGACCGGCCCGAGCUGCUCCAGGGUCUGCGGACACGGAAGAUCCCCUUGACCCUGUGUCCGCACGCAUACCACCGACGCCAGCAGACGGAGGUGCUGUUUCCCAAGAUAACGAAACUGCUCGAUGCGGGCGUCCAGAUCUGUAUCAACAGCGACGAUCCGACGUACAUGCACGAUGUGUGGAUAGAUGGGAACAUGCAGAAGACGUACACGUACUGUGGCUUGUCCCAGCGCGACAUGGUGCGGCUGGCACGCAAUGGCGUCGAGGCAAGCUGGGCGUCGGACGAGGUCAAGUCUAGACUGAACCAGGAGCUAGAUGCAAUAGAAAUUGAAUGA